GGGGCAGUCGGGAGAGCUCCGCCGCAGCUGGCGCGCGCCCCCGUGGCGGAGUCUCCUCGGCCGGCGGAGAGAGUCAGGGAGCGCGGCGGUCGGUUCGGGCGGUCGGGCCGGAUACCGAGCGUCUCGGCCAGAGCGGCGCAGCCAGUCGCCCCGCAGCCCGCGCGAUCGGGGGAGCCAGGCCGCCUCAGCGGGGUCCUGCCCAGCCCAGAGCCCACAGAAAUGAGCCGUCAGACUGCUACAGCACUACCUACAGGUACUUCAAAGUGUACGCCAUCACAGAGAGUGCCUGCGCUGACUGGCACUACAGCUUCCAAUAAUGACUUGGCUAGUCUCUUUGAGUGUCCUGUGUGUUUUGACUAUGUGCUGCCACCAAUUCUUCAGUGUCAGAGUGGCCAUCUUGUUUGUAGCAACUGUCGCCCCAAACUUACGUGCUGCCCAACUUGCCGAGGCCCGCUGGGCUCCAUUCGUAACCUGGCUAUGGAGAAAGUUGCCAAUUCUGUACUAUUCCCAUGUAAAUAUGCCUCUUCCGGAUGUGAGAUAACUCUGCCACACACAGAAAAAGCAGACCAUGAGGAGCUGUGUGAGUUUAGGCCUUAUUCCUGUCCAUGUCCCGGUGCUUCAUGUAAAUGGCAAGGUUCUCUGGAUGCUGUAAUGCCACAUCUGAUGCAUCAACAUAAGUCCAUUACAACACUUCAGGGAGAAGAUAUAGUGUUCCUUGCUACAGACAUUAAUCUUCCUGGUGCUGUUGACUGGGUUAUGAUGCAGUCUUGUUUUGGCUUUCAUUUCAUGUUAGUAUUGGAGAAACAGGAAAAGUAUGAUGGUCACCAGCAGUUCUUUGCAAUUGUACAGCUGAUAGGAACACGCAAGCAAGCUGAAAACUUUGCGUAUCGACUUGAGUUAAAUGGUCAUAGGCGGCGAUUGACUUGGGAAGCAACUCCUCGAUCUAUUCAUGAGGGAAUUGCAACAGCCAUUAUGAAUAGUGACUGUCUAGUCUUUGACACCAGCAUUGCACAGCUCUUUGCAGAAAACGGCAAUUUAGGCAUCAAUGUAACUAUAUCCAUGUGUUGAAAUGGCAAUCAAACCUCUUCAGGCCAGUGUUUAAAACCGUUGCAUUUAAUUUAGCAGAAACUAGGGUAACCAUCUCUGACUGUCAGACAAAUUAUUUGGUAGAUGGAGGGUAGACAUAUAUGAAGGUAAAUAAAAGGAAAGGCUGUUAAAUUACAGGAGGCAGUUGCAUGUAGUAACACUAAUAUAUUUAAAAUAAGUCAACAGUAAACCACUGAAAAUAUAUAUACACCCAAAAUGGGCAUCUUUUGUAUUAAGAAUUGAUUCUACAGGAAAUGUUGUAAAAUAAUUCUAAAAACUUGUUUGUAGAUUGAUUGUACUGUUGAAAAGGAUACUGUUUCGUGUUUUUGUUUGUGUUUUUUUUCUUCCCCCCUUUGACUGACAAGCCAUGUUGAGCAGUCUGGUCUCUGGCCGCUGCUUCCCCUCCUCUGCCCGCCCCCCCUUUGUAAGUCACUACAUAGUAUUGCUGCUGUUUGUGUAUAUUUUUUGUGUAUUUGCUAAUUUUUAUUAACUUCUAGUUUUUCAUUAAAUAAAUAUGACUUUCUUUUCUG